AAACCAGCAGAUGCGAAGCGGCCGAACGCCCUGUCGCCCUAGACCUCGUUGCAGCUACAAGUUACACAGAAAGCUAAUAAUAUCAUUUACGGAGGGUCUUGAAAUUUCAGGAUAAGAUAUUAAGAUCCUCUUGAAAAUAUCUUUACAUCCAAAUUCCUCUGCUCCACUCUCGCAGUCUCUCUCUUUCACUCUUGAUAUAUCGCCUCUGCAACUAGAAGUGUCGAACAGACAGCCAUGGCUGCUAUGUCCCUGGACUUGGCAACUACCUUCGUUGGAUUAGCCAGACGACAGGUAAAUACCCUUAGGGCCCGGACCACACUGCUCCCUCUCGUAUGGAGAACGAAGCCUCUAUGCUUCCAAAUAUCUUCAGUCGAUGUGAAAUUGGUCUCGAGCUUCACUAAAACGAAGAGACGAGUUCGUACUUUCACAGUGGCAGCUGCUACAACAGAGAACGAUAGCUCGGAUGUUUUGACUAAGAUUCCUCCUGACGACCGAAUUCCCGCAACUAUCAUUACUGGAUUUUUGGGUUCGGGGAAGACAACUUUGCUUAACCAUAUAUUGACUGCUAACCAUGGGAAGCGCAUAGCAGUGAUUGAGAACGAGUUCGGGGAGGUGGAUAUUGAUGGCUCUUUAGUUGCUGCCAAGACCACUGGAGCUGAGGACAUAAUCAUGCUCAAUAAUGGUUGUCUCUGCUGCACUGUUAGGGGUGAUCUUGUUCGUAUGAUUUCAGAGUUGGUUGCUAAGAAGAAAGGAAAAUUUGAUCAUAUUGUAAUAGAAACUACAGGCUUAGCAAAUCCUUCACCAAUCAUCCAAACAUUUUAUGCUGAAGACGAAGUUUUCAAUGAUGUCAAGCUAGAUGGUGUUGUAACCUUGGUUGAUGCAAAACAUGCUGGUUUUCACCUGGAUGAGGUUAAACCCAAAGGAGUAGUAAAUGAGGCAGUUGAACAAAUUGCUUAUGCAGACCGGAUUAUAGUAAACAAGAUUGACCUUGUUAGUGAGCGAGAAGUUGCUUCCUUGAUCCAGCAGAUAAAGACCAUAAAUAGCAUGGCUCAUCUAAAGCGAACUGAAUUUGGAAAAGUUGAUUUGGACUAUGUUCUCGGGAUUGGAGGGUUUGACUUGGAAAGGAUUGAGAGUGCUGUCAAUGUUGAUGGUUCAAAGGAAGACCAUGACCAUGACCAUGAUCAUGAGCAUGACCAUGACCAUGAUCACCAUCAUCAUCAUGGUGAACAUGAGCACAAACAUGAUCAUCAUGCUGACGAUCAUGCUCAUCAUCAUAGUCAUGACCCUGGCGUUUCUUCUGUCAGCAUAGUUUGUGAAGGAAACCUGGAUCUUGAGAAGGCUAAUAUUUGGUUAGGUACAUUACUAUUGGAGCGUAGUGAUGACAUAUAUCGUAUGAAAGGUCUUCUAUCUGUUCAGGGCAUGAAUGAAAGAUUUGUCUUCCAGGGAGUUCAUGACAUAUUCCAAGGCUCCCCUGAUAGAUUGUGGGCUCCAGAUGAACCAAGAAUUAACAAGAUUGUGUUCAUAGGGAAGAACUUGGAUGGAGAGGCAUUAGAAAAGGGAUUCAAAGCUUGUUUACUAUGACAAUAUAGGGUUAAGUGAAUAAGUGUAAGCUGGAUGCAAUAAAAAACUGUGUACUUCAUCAUCACCAGAAAACAGGAAAACCAAAAUGGAGGCCGUUAAAAAACUGUGUAUUAUUCAUAAUUAAUUGGAGACUGAGCUGAACGUACAUGGAAUUAUUGCAAGAAAACAUGGGAAGAACAUUACAAGAAAAAUUGAGGCAGAUUUUUUAUCCCAACACUCCAUUUCUUGAUUUUGUACCUUCUCAACUUUCUUUUGAUCAAGGAUUAUUAUUUUUUUUUCA